AUGUCGGUGUUGGACGCUUUCCCCAGGGUUCAGCAGCUCGGACGUCCCUCGUUCGCCGCCACCUCACCCCACGUGGGAACCAAGGCAGAUCGGCUCCUGCACAACCACCACUUCGAAGCAUGUGAAGCACAUGUAAUUACUGUUUGUCGCAUGGCGAAUGAUCAACUCGACUUGCCACUCUUGUAA